AUGGCGGCAGUCGCCCCUCGAAAGUCGGACGCUGGGCACGACACCUACACAUUCUCAUCGCAUCCGAGGACCGUGCCGCAGCGCAAGAAGUAUCGCGACAACUACGAGCUUCAAAACGAGUUCAUACCGUACGGGAACAUCAUGUACGACCGUCGUAUAGUACGCGGAAACACGUACGCUCAACACACAUUACCAACCACCGCACAGCCGGAUCCGAUUGAGAUUCAACGUCAACAGGAGGCGCGCAGGAGAGCGGCAGCGCGUCGUAGAGCGCGGCAGCAGUUGAAGCCGAGAAGUCCCGAGCCUGUCGAGGGCAGGAAACACGUUGAUGUUCAGACGGAACUUUAUCUGGAGGAACUGAGUGAUCGCAUUGAGGAGGGAGAUGCCGAGACGCAGACGGAUGCGUUUCUUGACAGGCCGCCGACUCCGCUGUUUAUUCCGGCUAAGACAGGAGUCGAUGUGGCUACACAGAUUGAAGAGGGAGAUUUGUUUGACUUUGACAUCGAAGUGAAACCUAUUCUCGAAGUCCUGGUAGGCAAGACAAUGGAACAAGCUUUGCUUGAAGUUAUGGAAGAGGAAGAAUUAGCUGCACUCAGGCAGAGACAACGAGAAUUCGAACAAGUGAGACAUGCGGAACUUGUGGAGACACAACGGAGGGAGGAGAAGGAUCGUAGACAUUGUGAGGAGAAAGAGAGACGUAUGGCACAACAGAGACAAAGAGUUAAAGACGAGAAGGAGACACAACAGAAAAUUGCAGCGAGAGCAUUUGCACAGAGCUAUCUGGAAGAUCUCGUUCCUUCUGUAUUCAACACUCUUGAUGUCCAUGGAUAUUUUUUUGAUCCUGUUGAUCGAGAGGUUGAGACAUCGUUUAUGCCUUGGCUGUUGGAGAAGGUUGAGCAGUCGCUGAAGCAGUCUACGACGUCGUAUGCUAUCUUAGACAAUAUUAUUCGUGAUGUUGUUCGUUUGCGAGCGUUUGCCUAUCGACACCAGGCUCCUCCAUUGUGGGGAAACUUAGAGAAAGAACUUUCUCCAUCAGCUGAGACGGAAACAGAAACAGCAAAAGAACCAGAAAAAUCAUCAGCACCAGAAAAACCGGCAGAAACAGAAAAGCUAGAAGAACCAGAAAAACCAAGUGAGACGCCAGUGAAGACUGAAGAAAGACAAGAGAGUGAAGCUCAUGCAGAAGUGAAGGACGAUACACAAUCCACAGCAGCAGCUACAAGUUUACCUACAUCAGAGACAGCAGCAGACAAGACGGAGGAACAAAAGGAAGCAGCAGCUGAAAAGGAGAAGGAUACAAUAGGUGACGAUGUUACAGAAGAGACAAAAGGGGCAGAAACAAAAGUAGAAACUGAAUUAGAAGAGAAAGACAAGGAAGCAACAAAAGACGACACGGAAGAUGGACAGACAAACGAACAGAUCGACAAAGAUAAGCCCGUAGAGGCAGCAGUAUCUGAUGUGACUGCAGAGGCAGAUGAAAGUAAAGAUACAAACAAAGUGCAGGAAACGGUCGAUGGAGACGAAGCUGCCAAUGGAGAUGAAGCCGCCGAUGGAGAUGAAGCCGCCGAUGGAGAAGACGAAGCUACUGCACAAGAUUAGUGAUUGAUAUCUCCGUCUUGUAUUAUUCUACUACUGUAAUUUGCUGAGUUUGUAUACCAUUGCAUGUUGUAAACAACAGAUAGACAUAGAUAGUGUAACAUCCAUCUAAACUUA